AGGAGGAAGAGGCGUCUCUGAGGCGGCCGCAGCUUCUGAAGGGUUGUUAUGGCGUCAAGGUUACUCCGGGUCUGCGGAGCCUGGCGGGCUCUCCGCGUGGGGCCGGGGCCUCUGGUCGCGGGGUCUCGCGGGGCAAGCACCGGAGGUAUGCCUACUGACGACGAACAGGCCACAGGAAUGGAGAGGAAAGUUAUGGAUACUAUAAGGAAAGGAGAGGAUCCUUAUGGAGUAUAUCCAACCAAACCAUACGGGGGAACAAAAGACGACCCCCACCUUGUCCCCUCCUUGACAAACGUGAGGCUCGUGGGCUGCAUCUGUGAGGAAGAUGCCACUGAAACGUACUACUUUUGGCUUCACCAAGAUAAGAUGGAGCGCUGCCCUUCGUGUGGGGCCCAUUUCAAACUGGUUCCCUGCGAGUUGCCGUGAAAGGCUGCAGAACCUGAAUUCUUAACUUUUUGGGACACAGACUUGAGCCAGAAAUCUGAAAUAAGUUAUGAGGUCCUGUAUUUUCUGCCGUUUAAUAAAGUCUUUUGACCCACCAU